CAUAGUAUCAUAGGGAAACACAAGGCCUCUCACGCUCGGUGGCGGUGGUGUCUUCUAGUUGUGUUUCCAGUUAUCUAUGCUAAAGGUUCGAUUAGAGUAGCAGUUCUUAGAUUAAACGGUGUUCAUAUGUAGAGUAGUUGCACUAUCAAUUUUAUCAGUUGUAGUCAAAUCACAUAUCAGGUCUGGUAGGCCAUUCGUUUUGGCCAGUCGCACUCAAGAAUAUACGUACCUCACUUACGUCCGGACCCUGAACGCAUCAAGUAUGGAAAUUAUUAUAAGUUUUGUGAAAAGAAUUGCCCCCAUGUUUGUGGCACAUGCUGUAGUCGGUAUCAUUGCUGUCUGCGUGAGGCUGUACAUGCAGGGAAGAAAGUUCAAGAAGCGCACGAAUGAGACGGGCAAAGUUGCAAUUGUGACUGGUGGCAAUGCGGGCCUCGGCAGGGAGACUGUGCGUGAACUGGCCCGCAGAGGAGCUACUGUGUACAUGGCAUGUCGGGACAAGGAUAAGGGCGAACAAGCCUGCAAGGAGAUCGUGAGGGAAACAAAAAACUCGAACGUUUUCUCCCGCCAAUGUGACUUGUCCUCUUUGGACUCCGUUCGGAAAUUUGUGGAUGGUUUCAAAAAGGAGCAAAAUAAGCUGGACAUCCUAAUCAACAAUGCCGGCGUCUUCUGGGAGCCGCAUAGGCUCACAAAAGAAGGCUUCGAAAUGCACUUGGGAGUCAAUCACAUCGGUCACUUCCUUCUCACCCACCUGUUGCUCGACUUACUGAAGCAGUCGGCGCCAAGUCGCAUUGUGGUAGUUUCCAGCAAGGCGCACGAGCGGGGCCGCAUCCAAGUGGAUGAUAUAAACAGCAAGCUGUUCUACGACGAAGGCGAAGCCUACUGCCAAAGCAAACUGGCAAACAUACUCUUCACUCGGGAGCUGGCCAGACGUCUCGCGGGCACUGGGGUGACGGUCAAUGUUGUCAAUCCCGGCAUAGCAGCCACGCAAAUAGCGAGGAAUAUGAUAUUCUUCCAAACAAAGCUCGCCCAGACCAUUCUCAGGCCUCUGCUUUGGUCUCUCAUGAAGUCUCCCCGAAACGGUGCCCAGACAACACUAUAUGCCGCCCUAGAUUCCGAACUGGAUGAGGUGUCGGGUCAGUACUUCAGCGACUGCAAUCCGAAGGAAGUAGCUCCUGCUGCCACCGACGAUGAAAUGGCCAAGUGGUUGUGGUUGCAGUCCGAGAAAUGGACGGGCAUAGGCCAAUGAAUUGAGUUGGGGCUAGUUUUAGGUAUAAAAUGAAAUGUUUAUUUAUAAAUAAAAUUAGAAUG